AUGCUACCAUAUUGCGCUGUCAUAUGCCACCCAAGUGACUCGCCCCCAACAGCGGAUGAAGUCCAACAACUGAAAAGCAUCAAUUAUGUUUGCAAAAAAUACCCUGUACGAGAUCGACGGCUUGUAGCAAAGCUCCUCGCCGGAAUGCCUGCGAACUCCAUUCGUAUGGACCUCCGCAACGCAAUGGCAAAGCUUCAGGAAAACUGUCUUGCCGGUUUCUUAUCACUCCGGAGAAGGCAGGCUGUGGAAACAAUCGUCCGAAAGCUAUACUACGAUUCGCAAUUCCAGAAACUUCCAGUGAGGAUAAUAGCUCUUGCCAUUUUUCAAGAUCUCGAUACGAUAUUCUUCGGUGAUAAAUUCCAACAAGGGGUGUACCUUGGGUCGGGUGAUGCAGUGCAACGCAACGCCAGGGGCGUAACAUAUCCUGGCAAUCCCGUCGUGAUCGAGAUCUCAGCCACGCACUUCGACACCGAUUUGGCAGGGACAGGGAGUGAGAGGAGGGACGAUAUUCUUGAGGUAUUAAUCCACGAAAUGUGCCACGCCUAUCCGCUGGAGAAUCGAUUUGAGCGCGAAAGGUUCAAUACGUUUACUCCGGCUCCCGUAUCCGAAAUCGGGAUUUAG